AACCUGUCUGUGGGAAUAAAAAAUAAAGUGAGGAAUCGCACGCAUUAUGACACAUCGAUCAUCACGCAACAAGAUUUAAGUUCCAAGGCGAGAAGACGCAAGGAACUGACUGCUGUGACUGGUGUUGUGUGAGGGAAGUCAGACAGGACGGGGCACCACAUUCAUCAAUAUUAAGGUGUUGGCCAUAUAUGCAUCGGAGUGAUAGCGGAGAAGGUGAAGGGAAAUGUCUUGCCAUGAAGGCGCCAGCAGCAAGUGUCUCCAUACAACUCUUCUCGCUGCAAGGGGUCGGAAAUUGCUUAUUUGGAAGUGGGAGAUGAAGAACAGAAAAUAUUAACAGAGUUCUCUUAUCAGUAUUUAAUUUUACUUUUUUCAAAAUUGGACGGCACUGAAAGGAUUAUGAAAAAUAUGAACUUUAUUGUAGGUAUUAUAGAACAAAACUUUCAUCACAGCAAGAAAUAGAUACUUCAAGACAGAUCUUACCAUAAUGUCUCCAGAAUACAGUCUAUAUGUAUUCUGAAUGUAUAACGUACUGAGACAGCAUUUGGAAAAAUGGACUCAACCUGGAAAAGAGAAAGCUCUGACCACUCAAAUUUGAUAAAACAACUGAAAGCUUUCUACUUCAGAGUACAGGUUGGCAUGCAAACAAGUGGAAUAUCAGAUGCCCUGACAAGCCUCAGCUCUCAUUUGAAUUUGUUACAAAAAACAACUGACCCAGACACUCUGCCUGUACAACUUCUAAAGUUCUCUCAGUCAUUACAGUCUAAUACAAAAUUAGCCGAAUUUUUCCUGGUUCAGUUUAUGAAUUAUAUAGAAUCAACCAUAGACUUGGAAGGGAACUUAGACAAUAUUAAAGAAACCAUAAGAUAUUUACUUCCCUGCAUUAAUGUUGCACUCAAGAAUCAAUCCAAAGAACAGAUUCAAAGCAACCUUCUUAAGGAUGACUUCUUCCCUAACCUGUACAGAUCUAUGGUGGACACUUUUAGAAAAGAGAGCAUGUACCAAGAAGCUUCAAUUACAGACAUCCUGAACUAUCAGAACACUAAAGACAGAAUAGUUAAGGCACAUAUUGUAAGAAUGAAUCAAGAAGACUCUAAAAGGACAUUUCAAGAAGCUUUUGGUGAUUGUGGUAACAUAGCAAGUCUUUACCUUAUCUACGUGUGGCAGAUCUACAUGAUUUAUGAGAUCAGGAAAGAAAACUUCAUACUCUCCUCAAUACACAGCCUCACACAAGCCAUGGAGAAAUCUGGAAAGUAUAUAGUGGUUGUGCCUUACAAAGAUCUGAAGAAAAUGGCAUUGACUGAUCCCUUCUCACCAGCGGGAAGGUACCACAAUAUCCUGACACAAACCGACAAGGUAGCGGCCCGUCAUCCAAUACCAGACCUUGACUUUGAGUGGACAGACUUUCAGAUCAGUGUGCUGCACCCAAAUGGAGUAGCAUUCCUUACCAACUCUGCCGCAUGGAAGGACAGCCUCAGAAAGAUCUCCUCCACUAUUGAGAGUCUGGAGGUGAAGAGAUGCCUAAGAUUCUCACCGGCUCUUGGUUCUACGUUUGCUCUGCCAUUAAAGCAGUGUGGUACAAACACUCACCAGGAAGUAGAGGGUGUGAGCUUCAUCCGAGUGCGAGUGGUGAGAGUGACACAGACCACUUGUGGACUGUAUGGGAUAGACAAUGGCAGCUUCCAUCAGUGUAAAGCCAGGGACUUGGUGCUCCUGCCAGCCUCCAUCAUAAACUUGCCGCCUUGUGGCCGACUGGCAAGACUUCCUGUUGUGCCUUCACCAGCCUCCUCAUCAGUGGCUCCUGCACUGUGUCUGGUGGCAGCCUUGGCCCAGCACACUGCCCUGGUCCCAAACCUCUCACAGGCAGACAUUCAACAAGCCAGUCUUUGGUUACAAGUGGCAGAAUUAAACCUGCCAACCCUGCAUUUCCUAAAGGCACUGACAUGCCAGCCUGCCAGUCAACAUUUAUUGCCAAUUGUUGCAUCAGUAGUUGUAGACCACCUACUGAGAUUGACAGACGGUAACCAGCCAAGUCAGAAGGUUAUUGUUCUUCUCGUCUCUAUUCUCACUCUGAUAAUGAAGAAGUCGUCAAAAAUUUCUCUCAUAUUAGCCAGAAGAGGAUUAUUUACAGCACUGUGUGAGGCAGCACUAACAUGGGGAUGCCAAGAAGUGUGGCAAUGUAUCAAGGUUUUGUGUGGCAGAAAACAACUGAUAAGAGAAUUUCUUAGUCACAACACCAGAGCAGCACAUCUUGAAGGUCCACUAAGAAAUCCAAAGCCGCAUCAGCCUUGGAAAGCAAGAAGCCCUGACCUCCAUGACACUUCUCCAACUGUUGUGCAGAUGGCAAACCUUACAACUCCAGAUUAUAACUGGGACUUAAAAAUGAGAGCCACUUUCCCUUCUCCCCAGCUGGUCCAGAAUCCCUGUCCUGGCAAGUGGUGCUGGGACAAAGAUGAAGUGCUGUCCAGCCAUACAAGUGUCCUUGAGAGAGGUCGUCACUUGGGUGUGAAGACUGAUCUUACCUGUCACAUCUUACAGGAGAGGAAUGUGUCCAGCAUCUGCUCUGACACUCUCUUACAGAUUAUUUUGGGAAUGCUGAACACACAUCUUGGAGGCAAAAUUUACAUUGGGCUAAACCAGUUUGGAGUGGUGGAAGGAAUCAAGAUGACCAGGGUUCAGCAAGACUGCUUUCUGCUUGGUUUUUGCAAGAUUGUAACAUCUGACAUUUAUCCAAGCCUUCUGCCAUGUGACUCUGUUGCCCACUUUGUGCCAGUGCAGCAACCUGAUGCAGCUUCUCCACAAUCAGAAUUUCCAUAUUAUGUCAUCAUCCUCACGAUCCAGCCAGAGCCCAAACAAGUGUACUUCCCCAAAGACCAUUCAGAAAAGGUGUACAUGAGAGAUGGAGGUGUUACCCUGACGCUGCAUGGCUCACGCCGGGCUGAACUGCUCUCUAAAACUCAUGUUUGGGCUGAGGAGUUAGAGCAACAAGUUAGAGAAGAGAAGCAAGCAUUGCUGCAACUAGCAUUAGACAGAAGCCAUCAACACUGACCCAAGUUAGUGACCCGAGUGAUAAGCUGCGUGUACAUACCAGUGUAUACCAGGUACUGUACAGUACUCGGACACAUAGGCCUUUCCUGCGGCAGAAGUGCUUCACCUCUCUCCAGACCCCCAAGUUGCUAAACUCUGCACCAUUGCGUGUCUCUCAAAUACCAGCGAAGCUUAAGAGGUUUAAGAGGUGCACGUGAGAGAGCAAGUCUGCGAGCUGAUGGGGUGUGGGCGGUGCCUUAUCAGUUGCCUUGAAGAGGCAGGUGUCGUGCGGCUUCUAUCUCGAAUCUGUCAGCACCUUGACGCUUCACGAGGUGGGUGGGUCUAGAGCGGUGAUUUUAAAGGAGGUUACGUGAAAAUAAGUAUGGUUCCGAGUACAGUUAUGGGUGGUGUCAGCUGGUGGCUGCGGCUGCCUCACCCGCCGCCAGAGGGACUCCGCCAACUCUGAGUUCCAGGGGUCGCAACGCGCGUAAUCAAUAAACUUAGAAACAAGGAAACACUAACGUAUUUUUCAUGGUGACUGAGAGAGAAUGUUUCGUAUAGGUGUUGAAGGUUCAGCCGGAAGUAUCACAUAAGAGAUCAGAGCAAAUCGCGUGCUAAUUCCACUAUUUUAUUAACUCUCACUGCGGCCAGCCCUCACACCCGCUAGCUUAUCAACAACAGUGGAGAUAGAACGGUGGCGGCGGACGCCGCUCUGCCUCACCUGACGUCAAAAUAUGCAAUAGUGCGUGUAGUAUUAACCCGUGGACCUAGAAACUGUGUGUAUAUAGUGUGCAAAUCUAGUCUUGCAUGGGAACCAACUCGCUGCAUGGCCCGGUGAAGCGCGUGGUGAUAAUUUUUAACUCAGGAAGUGUCAUAUCUCUCAGCAACGGAUGUUUUGUGUGAUUAAAGGCCCACGGUUGUGUCAUGGCCGCUACGCAAGGAUACAUCAGUGGGCAGGAAAUCCCACUAGAUAAUCUGCCCUCAUGGAAAAGAGAACU